AGGCAAGUGCUGGGAAGGGGAGGACUCUCCAUUCCAGGACAUAUUGCCGAGAAACUGCUCUGGAAUUGCCUUUUCCACCUGCAAAGUCCCUCUCAGGCAGCACCUGCUUAAGUGCCUGCAGCCCCACCGAGGCAGAAAUAUGGUGUUCCUCUGGGGUCUGCUCUGCCUAUCUGCUCUGCACAGCCUCCUAAGGUUUUCUUUGGCACAUGCCAUUGACCAACAGCGUCUCCUCCUAGACAAAGAUGGGAAGCUGAAGGAUGUGAAAAGUGCUGGAAUUGAACAGUCUGAUCUGCUGAGACCCAACCCAACCCUGCCAGAUGCAAAGCUGGUAGAAUUUACUUAUGACAGCUCCCAGGAGAUUGGUGGACCCGUGUCACCAUUUGCCACCAACCUUCCAGACACAAGGGAUGACAGGAACCUAGAAGAUGAACCCACAGCUGGGGCCGGGGGCUGUCAUGAAAACAAACUACCUGGGGAAGUUGCCUCUCCUGAAGAAGGAGAGGCUGAAGAUAAAAGCUGUGAGAUGACUUGGAAGAAAAGCCAGAGGCUGGCAGAUGGCUUGGUGAGAUUCAGCAUCGAUCUCCUGAGAGAGGUCCAGCUGGAAUCCAACAGAACCAAUGUGAUCCUGUCGCCCCUCAGCAUCGCUCUCGCCUUGUCUCACCUGGCACUGGGAGCAGCAGAUCAGACAGAGAAGCAUUUGCUGGAGGUGAUGCACCUGGAGUCUGUGCCCUGUCUCCACCACAUGCUGGGCACCCUUCGCAGAAGGCUCAGCGAGUCCACCCUCAGCCUGGCAUCGCGUCUGUACCUGCAGAAAGGAUUUGAGGUGAAAGAGAAGUUCCUGGAGGAUUCAGAGAAAUUCUAUGGAGCAAAGCCCAUGACCCUUUCUGGGAUCAGUGAGAAUGACCUUGUAGCCAUCAACAACUGGGUAAAGGAAGCGACUCGUGGGCAAAUACCCACCUUCCUACAGCAGCUCCCUGAAAACACGGUGAUGCUCUUGCUCAAUGCAAUCCAUUUCCAUGGGUUUUGGAGGAAUAAGUUUAAUGCUAGCUUGACUGAGACAGAUGUAUUCCACCUUGACAAUAAGUUUGUGGUCCCAGUUGAGAUGAUGAAAGCCCACCAGUACCCCCUGAGCUGGUUUACACUGGAGUCCCAGGACAUUCAGGUGGCCAAGUUUCCCUUUAAGAGUAAUGUGAGUUUUGUGGUCAUUGUACCAAACCAGUAUACCCGGAAUCCCUCUCAUGUGCUGGAGAACUUCCCUUACAAACAACUAUGCAGGCUUUUCCCCAAAGAGGUGCCCACCACAGUGAAGAUCCCAAAAAUAAAAUUGGACUACCAGCUGGAACUCAACAAGGUUCUCAGUCAAAUGGGCCUCCAGGAGCUGUUCACAAGCCCAAAUCUGCAGAAGAUCACAGAUGAGCCUCUCUUUGUGUCCAGUGUGCAGCACCAGUCCACCAUGGAGCUUAAAGAGGAUGGGGUGGAAGCAUCUGCUGCAACCAGCGUCGCGCUGUCCCGCUCGGUCUCUGUCUUCAGCCUCGACCGGCCCUUUGUCUUCAUUAUCUUUGAGGAUGAAACGGGCAUCCCGCUUUUCAUAGGCAGUGUCCAGAACCCCAACCCCAGUGCUGCUCCCCAGAUCCAAGAGCCACGGGACUCACGUGAAGCCACAGAUGCCAAUAAGUACCACGUGCCCAAAUAAGAGAGGAGUAGAAUCUAAGUGUUCUGGGACUGCGACCUGACCCUCUGGACCAGCUGAGAGAGGCCUCCUGCCCUCAGAGACCUCCCUCUGAGGCCACGGGGGGCAAUUCCUUACUAUUUUCCUUUACAGAUCCCUAGAGACCAGUCCUGGGAUAGCCCAUUCCAGCCCUGACAAGCUUCUCCAGGCUGAGGUUCCCCUCUGUUGAACCUGAAAAGCUUGCUUUCCCUGGAUUUCCCUUCCAGGGCUCUCAGUCAUGGAAGGGAGACUUUCUUGUCCCCAGACUGUUAUUAGAGUCUUUAUUAAGAUCUUAUUAGAGUCCCCCAUAGCCUGGAAUCAUCAUUAGCAUCUGGCAGCUUGGACAACAGCCAGAGAUAUAUUAAUAUGGCUCUUCCUUCCGCAGUUCCUGGGAACAUGUCUCCCUCAAUGUUCCUCUGAAAACCAUCUGUGCCCACCUAGAAAACGACCUCUAGAGCAACUGGACUAGUAACCAGUUGUCUUCUCUAGGAUGAGUCACAGCCACUUCCAGGCACAGGCUCUUUUAAAAGAUUCCCUUUUCCCACUCCUUGGCAAUUUGGAUUUGAUGUAGGAGGCUCUGCAGUGGGAAACCACUUUGGAUCCUUAUCUGCAGCCCUUUUCCGGGAAACUCUAGAGGUUGGGUAAUGCUAGAUUUUUCAAGACAUAUUUUAUAAAGUGUUUUUUAGUAAUUUUUAUGUUGGCAGAAUAAUAAAGAAUAAAGCAGAAUA